AUGUGUUCUUGCAGCAAGUUCUACGACUUUUGGAAAAACUCAUGUGGCGCAGGCAUGUCCCUAGACGAGGGUAGACAGUCGCAGCGUCCAUACCGCUAUGGCAUGGUUCUGCUUUGCGCAGGCGCUCUUAUCAACUGGCUGGGCCUGGCUGAGGACUACGCGGAGCCUGUGCGCUACGUGGGCGUGGCUUGCAUCGUCGCCGGCGCGCUGCUCAUCUGCGCGGCCAUGUGCUGCUGGCUACAGUCGCCCGCUAGGCAGCCACAAAAUGACCGCAAUUCGCCAGAUACCCACCAAAUUGACGAUCCUAUCCACGUUAUCUCAAUGCCAGACGAGGAGACGAUGCAGCAAAAACCUCCAGACUACGACACGGUAGCAGGCGCGCCGCCUACGUAUGACGACGCCAUUAAGCUGAACCCGGCGCGCUUGCUGCCCGCCACCAGCAGCGCUCGCAGUGUGCCGGACCUACCGCCACAGCAUGCCGAUGUCACCAUCAUCCCGGGACAGCUGGACGAGGCGCACGCGCCUCCCGUCCCGCAACCCAUCGUGCCCGUGCACGCUCCCCCCGGCCACCACGGGCACGCCGGCCCUACCGGACACGUCGCACACGCGCACUCACCCGUGCCUAAGACCCCGCCACCGCCGUACCGACCACCGCAAGCCAUCAGA